AUGGGAUUCAAAAGCGUUCUGAGCAAGAGUUUGAGUUUUCUCGAGAUUCCCGUGGACCAGAGAGGGACUCUGAGUGUGCUGAAGAACCCGGACCUGAAGCCAAUCCCAAGGGCUCAGCAAACAUGGGGGUUCUGGUCGAACUUUGCGUACUGGGGGGUGAUUUCGUUCGGUGUCGGUACGUGGGCCAGUGCGGCGUCUGCAGCAGACUACGGGCUGAGCUACGCGGCCACGAUCGGUACGUUUAUCGUGGGUGACGUGGUGACCAUUAUGUUUACUUUGGCGAACUCGUACCCGGGUUACGACUGGAAAGUCGGGUACACGAUGGCGCAGAGAUUCACGUUUGGUAUCGUGGGGUCGUGGUUUGGUAUCCUGAUCCGUGUUUUGAUGAGUGUGGUCAACUACGCUUCGAACGCGUGGCUGGGUGGGCUGUGUUUGAACAUGAUCCUGGACUCGUGGUCGCACCACUACCUGCACCUGCCAAACACGUUGACCUCGCAUGUUGCGAUGGACACGAGGGGUGUUAUCGGGUUCAUGCUGUUCCACGUUGUCUGCGCACUGUUCUAUCUGAUCAAGCCAUACCACCUGAAUUACAUCCUGAUCGGUUCCUGCACGGCGACGUGUUUUUCGAUGCUGGGUAUGAUUAUCUACUUGACAAAACAGGCGCACGGAGUUGAUGAGCUGUUCACGAGUCUGGAGUCCACAGCCACGGGUUCCACUUACUCUUGGGCUUGGGUUUAUUUGAUCUCGUACUGGUUUGGUUCUGUUUCUCCCGGCUCUGUUAACCAAAGUGAUUAUUCCAGAUUCGCGUCUUCAAAGACCGCUCUUUGGUUGGGCACAAUUCUUGCGCUUUUGAUCCCAACAACUUUAGUUCCUGUUUUUGGUGUCAUUGGUGCUUCUACCACUUAUAAGCUGUAUGGUGAAUCGAUGUGGAUGCCAAGCGACAUCUUCAACCAUUGGUUGACCGAAGAUUAUUCUGCUGGUGCUCGUGCGGGUGCAUUUUUCUGUGGUGUCUCAUUUAUGAUGUCGCAAGUUGCUUACACCGUUUCUAAUGCUGGUUUUGCAAGUGGUAUGGAUUUAGCUGGGCUCUUACCAAAAUACAUCAAUAUUAAAAGAGGUGCGUUGUUAUGUGCUGUUGUGUCUGUUGCUUGUCAACCGUGGAAUUUUUACAACAACUCGUCAACUUUCUUGACUGUUAUGAGUUCUUUCGGUAUUGUUAUGACUCCAAUUAUUUCUGUUACCAUUUGUGAUAAUUUAGUUAUCCGGAAAAGAAAUUAUUCGGUUUCUCAAGCCUAUCUAUUGAAGGGUGAAUACUAUUUCUACAAAGGUGUUAACUGGAGAGCAGUGUUUGCUUGGGUAGCGGGUAUGACCCCUGGGUUACCUGGUAUCGCUUGGGAAGUCAACAAUAACUAUUUCCACAAUACAGGUAUUGUCAAUUUUUACUAUGGUGAUUCAUUCUUUUCGUUCAUGAUUUCCUUCUUUUUAUAUUGGAUCCUUUGUGUCUUUUUCCCAAUUAAAAUGACUAUCGAUCAUGAUGAUAAAGAUUACUACGAUUGUUUCACUGAUGAGAUUGCAAGAAGUAAAGGUAUGGUUCCAUACAGUGAAGUUUCCCCAGAAGAAGUUGCAAUGCACGAUAUUACAAAUAAAUUGGGUUGUAUGGAUCAAAUCUCAGAAAACACUGAUACAUUGAACACUGUGGAAGUUAAUGGUGAUGAUGAUGAAGGUUUAAAGGAAAGAAAAAUUUCAAAUAACUCUCCUCAAAGUUCUCUAUCAAACUAUGAACAAAAAGAAGCUCAUACCCAAAAUGUUCAAGAGACCUCUUAA